GGAGAGGGAGGGAGAAGACGGAAAGAGAUCGGAAUUGGGAUCCCAUUUAGGAGAGCCUUCUCUCGUGGCACUGCGUCCUGCCAUGGCAACCUCGUGCGUCGCCACGUCAUGCUGUGAAGCUGCUGCCUCGCGCAUGUCGCUCCCGCCCGCCCCACACGCAGCAGACACGUCGACGCUCAGCCAGGCUCGAACGUCCCCGUCCAUCCCCGUUCUUCGUGCGGUCUCUCACUCCUCACCAAGGAUCUAGCGCCUGUCAGCAGUCAAUAAGUCUCUGGCACAGUCUACAGGUUAUCUUAACGGCCUCCUCGCUCGAAGCUCGUCUCCUGCGGUUCUUUCUCUGCAUUGUAGUGGUCCUCCCUGCCGUUUGCGGCGUCGUCCCGUCCGUGAGAUCUGCAGCCAGAUUCUAACACGCGUCUGCAGGCCCAUUGGGUGAGGGAUAAGGAGACUCUCACAACAACUGAGAGCGGAAGGAGGGAGGGCGUGGUAGUGCAUGAGACCUGAGGUUGCACCCAUGGCGAACAGCGGUGCUGCUGCUGCUACUGCCACUGCUCCUCGUCACUCCGUGACCGUAGCUCCCGGCACUCCCGUGACGUGGAGGCGACAAGUCGCCACGGACGACCUGUCCAGCUAUGUCGACAAGCCACAUGUGCCUCGUGCUGAGCUGGCGGUGGACAGGGAGCAUCCGAACGGGUCCAAGGGCCACGUGACGGGCGGCAUGACAGUGCUGCAGCAGCACUUCGCCUUCUUCGACCGCAACAACGACGGCAUCAUCUACCCCUGGGAGACGUAUGAAGGUUUCCGUGCUGUGGGCUUCAACAUGCUGCUGUCUUUCCUGGGCAUGAUCAUCAUCAACGGCAGCUUCAGCUAUUUCACUCUGGAUGGGUGGAUUCCGUCUCCCUUCUUCCCCAUCUAUGUUCGCAAUGCCCACAAGGGCAAGCACGGCAGUGACUCUGAGGUGUAUGACACCGAAGGAAGGUUUGUGCCUCAGAAGUUUGAGGAGCUCUUUUCCAAGUAUGACCGCGACAGGAAAGGAGGGGUUACCUUCAUGGAGCUGCUCGAAAUGACUGAAGCCAAUCGCAACGUCAUGGACUUUUUCGGCUGGGUGGCAUCGAAAUUGGAGUGGGGUGCCACCUGGCUGCUGUGCCGGGAUGACAGGGGGGUGGUGACAAAGGAGCAGAUCCGAGGGAUAUUCGACGGGAGCUUCUUUGAGCGCAUGGAGAAGCAGCGGAGGGUGGGGAUGAAGGAGUAUAGGCAGUACUGAAUCGUGGAGGGAAGGGAAGAAUAUGGUGUGGGGUGUAUGGGUGUACUGUAACACGUACAUAUGAAUAUAUCCUUGGUAUGUGCAGCCAUUUAGUUUGUUGAGACUGAAUUAAUGUAAAAACACUUG